AUCGUGCCAUUGAAUACAUUUGUUUGGACACAAAUUUUUAUGAAUAACAUUGUCAUUUAUGAAUAGUCCCUUCAAUUAAAAUCAGCAUUACACUAUUACUGAUUGUCGAUUGAUUGGCUUUUGCAAGUAGCUAGUUGUAGUGUUUUGGGUGUCAGUAAACAGAACACAAAAUAGAUUUCUUGCCAUCACAUUCAGGCAAGAUGAGUCAAUCGAUCGAUGACUGCAAGAUGAGAGCGAGCUGCUAUUUGAUGGAAGGGGUUGACAUACAUGAUGGGGUUGCUACGUUAGGCAACGAGAUAUUUGUGAUAAAAAAUAAUCACGGUGCAUAAAUAUAAUCUCCUUAAUAGCUGUAACUGACAACGAAGAAUAUCAGCACGAUAUGCAGUUAUGAAGCGGGUACGCACGGAGCAGAUCCAGUACACUGUAGCUCAGUACCUGAAGCGGAGGCAGUAUGUGGACACUGAAAGUUCCCUGAAGGGGGCUAAACUGUCCCAGUCCGCAGAGGAGAUGGCUGCCAACCUCACAGUGCAGACAGAGUCGGGGUGUGCAAACAUUGUCUCUGCUGCCCCUUGCCAAGCUGACCCUCAACAGUACGAGACCCAAUUUUCCAGACUUCGCAAUUUUCUCUCAGAAGCGGUGUUGCCAUGGGGCCAGGAGGUGAGCUGCAUCCUGUACCCGCUCUUCGUUUACCUCCACUUGGACAUGGUGCGCUGCAGCCUGAAGGGGGCGGUGGAUGGCUUCUACAGCCGCUUCCACAGCCUCUUCCUGGGGGACGCCGAGCAGCGCUCCACCGUGGAGCAGCUUCGCCAUGUCCUCACCCAGCAGGAUGUCACCGCCAACCCCAAGCUCCUGGCCUUCCUCGACCACAAGUAUGUGGUGAACCUGACAGAGCCGGCCUACAGUUACUUGUUACGCUACCUGCAGAGCGAAGACAACAGUACUCUCUGCAGGGCCCUCAGCACCCACGUCCAGGUAGAGGUCACCUCCUCACCACGCACUGACUACCAGCUGUACGGGACGACGGGUGCGGGAGCUACCGGGGCCGCCACCACGGCCCCCAACUCUACCUCCUCGUGGUCGGGCGCGGAUGGCCCUGACCGAGGAGAGGCGGCGGGGGUGGAGGUCCCCACAGGGAUCCCGCAGAGCGAGGCGGCCCUGGAGGCACUGCAGGACUGCAUUAAGAAGGUACGUGAGGGGCCGCCGUCACUCACAACCGUGUGCUUCUACGCCUUCCAGCACACGGAGCAGCUACUGAACACGGCAGAGGUGUCGGCCGACAGCAAGCUGCUGGCCGCCGGGUUCGACAGCUCGGCCGUCAAGCUAUGGAGUCUUAGGGCCAGGAAACUGAAGGCCAGGCCACACCGGACCGACGUGUCACACAUCCGACUAGCAUGCGACGUGCUGGAAGAGGAGGCAGAUGAAGAGGACGGCUCGGGCAGCGAGAUCAAGACCCUGCGUGGCCACAGCGGUCCGGUGUUCCGCACAGCCUUCCUUACAGAUAGCUCGGGCCUGCUAUCCUGCUCGGAGGACACGUCCAUUCGCUACUGGGACCUGGGCAGCUUCACCAACACGGCCCUCUACCAGGGCCACGCCUACCCCGUCUGGGACGUGGACGUCAGCCCCUGCAGCCUCUACUUUGCCAGCGGCUCCCACGACCGCACCGCCCGCCUCUGGACCUUCUCCAGGACCUACCCCCUGAGGCUCUACGCCGGCCACCUAGCGGACGUGGACUGCGUCAAGUUCCACCCCAACUCAAACUACCUGGCCACAGGCUCAACGGAUAAAACCGUCCGCCUCUGGAGUACCCAGCAGGGGGCGUCAGUGCGCCUGUUCACAGGCCACCGCGGCCCCGUGUUGUCCGUAGCCUUUGCGCCCAAUGGGAAGUACCUGGCGUCGGCGGGCGAGGACCAACGGGUGAAGCUGUGGGACUUGGCCUCAGGGGCUCUGGUCAAGGACCUGAGGGGCCACACGGACAGUGUCACCAGCCUGUCGUUCAGCCCCGACAGCAGCCUGGUGGCCUCCUCUUCCAUGGACAACUCAGUCAGGGUGUGGGACAUCCGAAACUCCCACGGGACGACCCACGCGGAUGGCUCGUCCAGCGAGCUGGUGGGGCUCUACACAGGCAACACCAGCAACGUGCUCAACGUCCAGUUCAUGGCCUGUAACUUGCUUCUGGUGACGGGAACAGCGCAGGAGAAACAUGGACAGUAGCCAUUUUGUUUUGUUUGGCCUGUCUGUUUAGUUUUGUUUAAAAGACUUGUGUCCAUCUCCAACAUGGUCACCAUACAUACAUACAUAUUUUUUUCCCUAAGCCAAUCAGAGAGGCUUAAUUUCAGGUCAAAAGGUCACUUGCUAAAAUUGUCCACUCAAGGUUGUUUUUGACAAGAUCUCUGAGUAGAAUUAGAGCUGUUAAUCUGAACAUACUGCAAAAAAUUACUUGGUUUUAUUUUGAUGCUUAUAUCCACAAUGCCAAAAUGAGAAGUGUCAUGGAAGAGGGUAGAUUCAUAGGAAAGGACUUUUGAUUUAUGACAUUUUCACUGAGAACUACCUGAUGGGUCCUACUAGUGAGACCUCAACUUUUCAAACUCACGAAAUGUUUCCAAUAAAUUUACAUCAAAGUAGAAUGUUAGCUUGGCAUGGUUACAGAUGAGGAUUGCAUUUUGGGUCUAGUGCCUUGAUGGUCAACACCUGUUUUAUUCGGUCACGCACAAAAUUCACAUUGAUCUUAAAAAUUGGUCUCUGGCUAUUCGAUUACUUGAGUUGUUUAAAAUCAGCAUCUCCCCAGAAUUUGUCCUCGUACAGUUGUUAAACAUCAUCACCGCUAAUUGAGAAUGUUGGUAUGCUAUGAAAUGCUGAAUUGUGAUCAAUAUGAGAGUAGUCACAGGGAAAGGAUGACAGCUGUACUUUGUUUCUUACCAUUCUGUUAGUGGCAUUAUUUGUAAUAUGCUGAGAAGUGUAAAUAUAUUUUUGUAAUCUCUGA